CUGGCGCCUAUAUAUACUGAGGGUCGUCAGGGCCUCGGGCAUCAGUUUCCUCCAAGAAGAAGACUCAAGAUGAAGCUUAUUAUCUUCGCCGCCGCCCUCGUCCUGGCCGCCGCCGCCCCCACCCCCGAUGAAAAGAAGGUCGUGCCCAUCCUGAGGGACGAACGCAUUCAAGAGGACGACGGGAGGUACAACUUUGACGUGGAGACCGGCAACGGCAUCCUGCUGUCCCAGGCCGGCUCCCCCGUGGCGGAGGGAGCCAUCGCCGCGGCGGGCCAGUACUCCUACACUGCUCCUGACGGCACGCGGGUCGAGCUCAAGUUUGUCGCUGACGAGAACGGUUUCCAGCCCGAGUCUGCCCUGCUGCCCGUGGCCCCCGAGUUCCCGCACCCCAUUCCCCAGUUCGUGCUGGACCAGAUCGCCUUCGCCGCCGAGGAGGACGCCAGGCGUGCCCGCGGCGAGUCCUCUUAAACACUUGAAAUGAAAUGUUACGACUGUCCAUAACUCGCGUUGCGCACCUCAGGCAAACGUUGCGAAUCUCCGAAGUAUGUAUUUAUUGAUGUAUUUAAGUGUAACAAUACAUAUAAAGUGUUAGA